GUCUCACUUUUAACCCGGCAUUUGGCACGUUCGGUGGAUGUGAACGGGGUUGAGCGAAACAACGCGACAGCGACCAGUGGCGACCCCGCAGCAGUGUUCUGCAACGGCAGAGGAGGCGGUGACAUAGACGGCGCCUUGUUCAGCGGACGGGAUCAGCGGGACAGGACCGAUGGCGGCGGUGCGGCAGACGCAGACGGUGGUGCAGACGCAGACGCAGAGCGGCGGCCAGCUGCUGCACCCGCACCCCCUCGACAACAGCCUCGACGCACUACUGGAGGACCUGCAGACUAGUGUGUCACGAGGCCGCAGCGCCAUGAACGGGCCGAGUGGCGGUCACCAGCAGCACCAGGAGUACCGCGAAAUACGUCAAGUACGCCAGCAGGUGUCUGGCUCCCCGCAGGUGCAAUACCUGUCUCCUGCCAAUCCCACGACUGUGGUCGCUGAGCGGGAGCCCAGCCCCCUGUUGCAGCCUGCUGCAGGAGAACAAAGAAGUGUUGCGUACAAAACUGUCUCUUAUCAAUACAGUGCAUCUGAUGGUCAGCCUGGACAUGCACUGAGCAGCAGUGCUGGCAGUCCUUCAGACCAGACACCUGAUGUGAGGUUAAGGGAGAAUCUAAAUGAACUUGAUAGCCUGCUUGUUGACCUUCACCAGGCACAGAAAGCUGGCUUUGGAACACCACAAGGAACUGCAAGCACCACAGUCAAUAGAGUUGAAGUGUCACGCACAGGAGUGGACCCUGGAUUGUUGGAACCUCUGGACACGAGCACACCGGCUCCUCCAACUCGGCAACAGCAGCACGUUUCUCGGUCCGUGCAGUAUCGUCAGUACAGUUCAGCCCGCAGUGCGAGUGCUGACACCAGUGUUGGAAAUGCGCCACAGCUACAGCCACGUCGUUCAACUUCUGCACAGCGUGAACUCACUUACGAGCCAUCGCCACCGGCACGAUCCACGCGCACACGCUCACCUUCUCCUGUAGCUACAUCUGUCACUCGAAGGGAAGUCUAUUACGAGACUGACGGAAGUGCCAGAUAUCGAGACAAGUCACCUUCUAACCGUCGUCUUCAGAAAGAAGUGUAUUAUGAGACAAAGGAUUCGACACCCUACCCCACAACUGUGCGGCACGAAGUUUAUUACGAUGCAGAACCUGGAGUUGGUGUUCCUCCACCAUCAUCAAUGUCAAGACAUGAGGUGUAUUAUGAAACAGAGAAAUCCAGUACUCUUCCUCCUCCGAGGCAAGAUGUUUAUUAUGAACACAAAACUUCUACAUUACCACCACAGAGACAGGACGUUUACUAUGACACAAAAACGUCUACACUUCCCCCUGUGAGGCACGAUGUCUAUUAUGAAACGAAAACUUCAUCUACCCUUCCACCACAGAGACAGGAAGUGUAUUAUGAAACAAGAAAUGUGUCAAAAGUAGUGCCCUCUCCUAGACCAGACAGGUACAGAGAGCCUUCACCACCUCCCCAUAGGCUGCAGACAUCACCACCUGCAGACACCACAGACAAGCCUGAUCGUUAUGCUCCACAGCCCAAUAGUGUGCCAACAACUGUCACUGCAUAUCGCACUUACAACUACAGUUCUAGUAGCAGUUCAGUAACUCAGCCUCCACACAUGUCUGGUCCCGUACCUGAUUCUAGACCAGCUUACCCUGACACUUCCCCUCCUAUCCCAUCUCACUAUCCACAAUCACCACCGACACAACACUCAUCACCGCCAACUCAGACUGUGAUCUACCGUGACGGUCCAGACCAACCUCCGACUAAAGUUACAACAACAGUGAGAACGUACACUUAUGAGCUCCCAGGAGAGCCUGGUGUUUUGCAUACUCAUCCCUAUCCACCAGGACCUGACCAUCCAUACCCAGAUCAACAGCCUCACAAACCAAAUGUAGAACACACGGUGACCUAUCAUGUUUCCCCACAUCAUCAGCCUGAGAAGGAACCCCUCCUCCCAACACAACACCAGCCACUGGUCAUACCUGCAGAGCCAAAUCCUCCACCCACUGUCAUCACUUACAAAUACUCAAGCCACUCCAGUCAUAAUACCACCAACAAAUAUCCACAACACCCACAUCCAGAGGAGCAGCAACCACUUCUGCCUCGUCCGUUCCCUACAUCUUCUCCAGGACCAGAUUAUCCUCCAAAUGGUCAACCACCAAAGAGGCUGGAUGAUCUUAUGGCAUCGUUUUCUGAUACAGAGACUGAUAUAUCACCUCAUCCCAAGCACUACAAUGUAGAAAAACAGAUGACUGCCAGUCCAGCUCAUCCACCGGGAGGGCCUGCUGACACUAAUGCUGUAGCUGUUGUCACACCAACACAGCAGAAUGUGAAAGUCGAAGAAACUAAAGCUAAAACUGAAAUAAAAGCAAGGGAAAGAACUGUCAACAAACCUGGACCUCCUGUGUUCUACCCACCUGGUGUGGAGCUCUUUUCAAAGAAAGAAGAGUCAAUGGCAAUGGCAUCUGGUAGGAGGGCAAAGGGGAAAUACAAAUAUGAAGCAGAAAGCUACAGUAAAUCCAAGAGCAGUAGCUCAGGAGGUGCAGCUGUUGUGCCAGUAUGCCUCCCCUUGUGCUGUGCAAUGCCAUGUGUGAUAAUGUGAUUCUUCAUAUAAUUGAUUGCUGGGAAUAAAUCUGAAAAUUAUUUUGUCAAAACUAACACCAUCAAUUGGUGUCUAAUUUCAAAUACACACUAUCCUCCUACUUGGUUAUUGUAUUAAACUAUGCUGAGUGUUACCUUUCCCCAAUAACAAUUUUUUUCACUGGAACUUCAUUUGGGUUUAGAAAUAACACCCAAUAUGAUUUCAGUAAUGCUGUGUUGUAAGUUACAUGCUGCUCUAACUGAAGGACUGUGAUGAUAAUUACUUACAGAGAAACUGCUAAGUGCUUCGAUGGCCUCAAAAAGAAGUUGUAAAAUUAUAAUUUUUCUUCUUUUAAUGAUAUUGUGAGUAGAUGAUUCACAAAUGAACUUGAGCUUUAAGGAGAACUGUGAUGUCACUUAUUUAGUGUGCAUUUUAUUUGUGAAAUCACUGGUCUGAAUAUUUUUACUGUAUAGAAUUAUUGAUUUAUAUGGCAUAUGUUACAGACUUUUUAAAAGCUCUUGUUGAUAGAUAUUAUCAAGUAAAACUGUUUCUGCUUGCUUUUUAAUAAGUGAAAAAAGUUAACCUGUACAUUGUGCUGCAAGGCUUUGUAACUCAGCCACUAAAAUGAGGAGUAAGUUAAAACACCAUAAUUUUGUAAUAAGAAUAUCCAUAAAUUAUAUUCUUUAUUUUGAAUAAUAAUAAAGAAACAUUUGUAUAUUUCUUCAUGAAA